AUGAGUGAAAGAAGAAAAUAUCCGAUUAAGAAAACCAGGAAUGGGGUUUUUAGAGACGCUCAGAAACAAAAUGAAAUGGAAGACCUAAAUAUUUCAUCACGGUUGAAGUGCUUGAAGAGUGUAGGCCUGCAAAGUCCAAAAUCGCUUACUGGUCAGCCAACCAAUGCUCUGGCGAAAUUAAAUUCUUAUCAACGAAUAUCUUGUAAUACCUUAAUGGUAGAUGGAUUUCAAGCCAACAAGUUGAAACGUCCCACACACCGCCAGUUAAACCCAACACCGGUUAAUUAUUAUCAUCUAUUGCCUUCAUGGGACCGUUCAUCUAAAUCACUAACUACUCAGAUUAAUAAUACUGACAGACAGGAGGAUGAGAAUCCAGAAGAGAUAUGUGGACAACAGCAGCAACAAACGACCCUCUCACCUCCAAUACUGCCUCCUCCUCCUCCGCCACCUCCAUCAACACUGCCCUUCUCUUCAUCUUCACCGCCACCCACAUCACAUGACCUCGGGGAUUCAAUGAAAUCUCGAAGAAAGUGUUAUACAGCUGCGGUAAAAACGUUUACUAAUAAGCGUGUGACUGCACAUAAGACAACAAUGAACAAUGGAGCUGUCAGUAAUCAUAGGUUAUAUCCAACUGAGAAUGCUCCCAGUAACUAUGAGGCCUUUUUAUUGAACGAAUUUUUCACUGCCUUAAAUAAAGAUAGUCAUGAUGAAAAGCGAAAAAUUAUAAGUUAUGAACGGAUGCAUUUAACAAAUUGUCCAAUAAUUGAUUCAAAUGAAAUAUGCCGCCUAUUAAGUUUUCAAUGUAAUCGUAUUCAUCGUAUAGAGAAUUUACAAAAUAUGACAAAACUUGUCUAUUUAAAUAUAUCAGCAAAUCAAUUGACAUCAAUCAGUGGUUUAGAAACACUUUAUUCCCUACGUAUAUUAUUAUUAGGACAAAAUCAAAUAAAACGUAUAUGUGCAUUAGAUAAUUUAUAUAAUUUAAAUAUACUCGAUUUAAAUCAUAAUCAAAUAAGAACUAUUGAAAAUUUAUCCCAUUUGACAAAGCUGCGUUCAUUAAAUUUAUCCUUUAAUUAUAUUACCUCUGUGAAUGGUUUAUCUGGGUUAAUAGCAUUAACUGAAUUGAAUUUAAGACAAAAUAAUAUACUACGUGUUGAACCAAUCGAGAAUGUUCCUAAAUUGGCUUGGGUAUUUCUAAGUUUUAAUAAUAUUGAAAGAUGGUCUCAGAUCAGUGGUCUAGCCAGUUUAAACUCAUUCGCACAAGUUACACUAGAUGGGAAUCCUAUUGUAGCCGAUCCAAAUUAUCACAAAAUGAUAUAUAAUGAUAGAAGGAUUACAAGUGCUAACCAUAACAUCAAUUUUUCAGGACCUAUUAAAAAAAAUGAAACAAACAAUAGAAGUCGUAUGAAUGAAAAUUGUCGGAAAUCUACAGCGCCAAGAUUAUCACUAUCGUCAUCAUCAUCAUCUGGAAAUGAAGAGGGUUUACAAUCUGGACUACAGUUAACACCGACAACAUUUGUAAAUAGUUUGGCAAAUCAUUUAAAAGGGAAUACCAAUUGUGAACAAAAUAAAAAUACACUAGAAAUCAAUGGUGAAAGAAACCCUACAACAGAAUUCACUAGGAAUCUUGAAAAAUUAACCGCCAGAUUAUGUAAUCAAGAUGGUUCAAUAGUACUUAGUUCAGAAAGUUGUCAAAGCAAUGAAGUCAAUCCAGCAUUUCAUCGAAAGAAAUCUUUUAAUCAGCAUAAAUUUGAUACAGCACUCAGAUUGUCAACAUCCCAGUCUACGUCUUCAACGUUAACAACAACAUCAUCAUCGUCUACAACACCGUCAAGAUGUGAAGGAGAAGACGAAGCCAGUGCAGAAGACAAAGGUGUAGUAGUAAGAAUCCAUGAGAAUUUAAAUAAUAAUAAAUACAAAUGUAAUAAUUAUAAUGAUAUAAGUAAUAAGAAAAAGAAUAAAGUGCUCUUCUAUAAAUCAACUGGAACAUUGACUAAUGAAAGUUAUUUACUGUUGUCCAAUCAACUUGCAAAUAAUUCAUUAUUCAGAUAUAUUUAUUACUUUACUGAAUGGAAUCAUUUAAUCAUUGAAGGAUACUAUCGUGUUAGUGAUGAUUUAGAGUAUGUUAGUCGUCCAGACAAUGUUAUUAUAAAUUCUCUAGUUAAUGACAUCACCAAGAAAAAUGCUACUGUUUUUGACAAUUUCUCUCAAUUAGUAAAUGACUUACAAAAUAUAAAAUCAAAUAAUACUAGUAGUAGUAGUAGUAAUAAUAAUGUUAAUGAUAAUAUACCAACAGAUGUCAGUAUUAAUUGUUUGAUCAAAUCGUCGCAUUUUGAGCAUAUUGAUAUGUUAACUAUUCGACAUGUGAAUUGGGAUGUAUUUGUAAAGUGGAUACCGACAAUUCAUGAGCUACUACCGGAAUUAAAGGAAUUAAAUUUAGAAAGUAAUGGACUUAAAUACUUACAUCAAAUUCUUGAUCUGACUGCUUUUGAACAAUUGAAUGCACUACGUGUUAAUGGUUCAGAUGGUAAUCCAAUUGUUGAACAAUCUGAUGAUGAAUUAACGGAGAAUAUGGAUUGUGAACAGCGUUUACUUGAAGAAAAGUUAUCUAGACAACGUGAUCUCAUUAAAAUUUGGCCAACCAUCUUAAAGCGGCUUAUUCAACAAGCAAUGAAUGAAUGA